GGGGCGUUUUUCUGGGCCCGGAGGAGUCCUUUGGGGUUAGAGGAGGGGCUCCGGCGCGCGGGAAAUCGGGCGGGAAGAGACAAAAAAGGAUCAGGGAGCGUGCCGCGGCGAUUCCUGUUCUUACAGUUGCGCGGCGCAAGGACCGCUGUUGCGCGAGGGGAGUGCGGGACGCCCAGGGCUAUUUCUGAGCCAGUGAGGGUUUCAAGUAACCCACUGAACAACCAGUUCCAAAUUCUGUCUUCAGACCCUGUGCUGCUAUUCCAAGUGGUAGUAGAUGCUUAUUAUUUCUUUUAUUUAAAAGAAAUGAGUGUGACUAGUAUUGUAUUAAGAGCUGAAACCUGGCUUUUAGCUACAUGGCAUAUUAAAGUACCUCCGAUGUGGCUGGAAGCUUGUAUUAACUGGAUCCAAGAAGAAAAUAAUAAUGUUAACUUGAGUCAGGCCCAAAUGAAUAAACAAGUGUUUGAGCAGUGGCUCCUUACUGAUCUGAGGGAUUUGGAGCAUCCUCUUUUACCUGAUGGCAUUUUAGAAAUUCCAGAAGGAGAACUAGAUGGAUUUUAUGCUCUGCAGAUUAAUUCCUUGGUUGAUGUAAGUCAGCCUGCAUAUUCCCAGAUACAGAAGUUGAGAGGAAAGAAUACAACAAAUGAUCUAGUUACAGCUGAAACACAAGUAACCCUAAAACCUUGGGAAGCAAAACCUUCGCGAAUGUUGAUGCUACAGCUAACUGAUGGAAUUGUACAAAUACAGGGAAUGGAAUAUCAGUCUAUUCCAGCUCUUCAUAGUGAUCUUCCUCCGGGUACAAAAAUUUUGAUUUAUGGAAAUGUGUCUUUCCGUCUUGGUGUUCUCUUACUGAAACCAGAAAAUGUAAAAGUGUUAGGAGGUGAAGUAGAUGCUCUUUUAGGAGAAUAUGCCCAAGAAAAAGUACUUGCAAGAUUAAUAGGGGAACCUGAUCCUGUAGUUUCAGUCAUACCAAGCAAUUCUAACCAAAAUAUUUCCGGAGUUACAGAUGUUCUAGAUCUUGCAUUAGGUCCUUCUGAUGAAGAACUCUUGGCAAGUCUUGAUGAAAAUGAUGAGCUUGCAGCAAAUAAUGACACUUCCUCAGAAAGAUGUUCCACCACAGGUAGUUCCUCAAAUACCAUUCCCAGAAGACAGUCAAGUUUUGAGCCAGAAUCUGUUAUUUCUCCAAGACCAAAAGAGGAUCCAUCAAACCUAUCUAUGCCUUUCGUGGAUGGGGAAUUAGAUGACUUUUCAUUGGAGGAGGCCUUGCUUUUAGAAGAAACUGUCCAGAAAGAACAGAUGGAAACUAAAUUGCAGCCACUGACUUUUAACAGAAAUAUCAGUCCAAAUUUAGAGACAUUUUCACAUAAUCCUAAUACUAUGAAUAAUUUUUCUUUGACUUGCAAAAAUGGAAACAAUAAUUGGAGUGAAAAAAAGGUAUCUGAACAACUGACUAAUGAAGACAAAUCUUUUGGUUGUCCAUCUGCUAGAGACCAAAACAGGAGUAUUUUUUCAGUUCAUCAUAAUGUACCCUUAUCCCAUGAUUUUACAAAUGAAGAUACGAACUUAGAGGAAGAUAAUAAAAUAAAACAAACCAGCAGUUCAGAUGGACAUUUCUUAAAUAAUAAAAUAUUAAAUAGAGAGGUGGUCAACUGUGUACCAAAAAGGAGUUCACAAAUUUUUAAUGCAAAUGGUCACAAUUUCCAGACUUGUUCUUUAAGAUCAUCAGAGAAUAGCACUAGUCUUCCUGUUGCCAUGGAUUUGUAUUCUCCACCCUUUAUCUACUUGUCUAUUCUAAUGGCCAGCAAACCAAAGGAAGUUACAACAGUGAAAGUGAAAGCAUUUAUUGUGACCUUAACUGGAAAUCUCUCAAGUUCUGGUGGCAUUUGGAGUAUAACUGCAAAGGUGUCUGAUGGUACUGCAUAUCUAGAUGUAGACUUUGUGGAUGAAAUACUUAAUAGUCUGAUAGGGUUCUCAGUACCAGAAAUGAAACAGUUAAAAAAGGAUCCUCUUCAAUACCAAAAGUUCUUGGAAGGUUUGCAGAAAUGUCAGAGAGAUCUAAUAGAUUUAUGCUGUCUAAUGACUAUUUCAUUUAAUCCUUCCUUGUCUAAAGCAAUGGUACUGGCAUUACAAAAUGUUAAUAUGGAACACCUUGAGAAUCUAAAGAAGCGGUUGAAUAAAUAAUUUUAAAUAGUAUUAGGAAUAAUUAAAAACAACAAGGAAAUAUUUAGAAUUUGUUCAGAAUUUUACAUGUGAAACUUUGUGUAAAAAGGAAAAAUGAAAUUUCAUAGC